AUGGCUUCAAAAGGUAUGAAUCUGAGAUAUAUUCCACCAAGCAUCCAGGAAGGGAAGACAAUUGUGAAAUUGGAGCAGGAGGAUAUAGAGGAGAAGAUCGAGAAAUGGAGAAUGGUUAUAAUUCUGUAUGGUGUUGGAGCAUCUCCAUCGAUAGGAGCAGUGGAGAGAUUCUUAGUAACACAGUGGAGAUUUGCAGAGAAACCUAGAAUAUACUAUCAUAAUGAUGAUUGUUUUGUCAUACGGUUCAACAACAGAGAGAACAAGGAGAAGGUAUUGCUAUCAGAUCCAAGCACACUCAACAACAGGCCAGUGAUAAUAAAGGAAUGGGCGGCAGACUUUAAUUUUCAGAAUGAAGUACUCAAAACCAUACCAAUUUGGGUGAAGUUCCCUAAUCUUCCCUUAAGCUGCUGGGGUAUGAAGGCACUAAGUAAAAUCUGUAGUGGCUUAGGUACUCCUGUAUAUGCUGAUGAGUGUACCACCAAUAUUGCACGCAUAUCAUAUGCAAGGGUCCUUAUUGAAAUGGAUAUCACUAGAACACUUCCUAAGAGCAUUGUUGUGCAGGACCCUAAGGGAGGGGUAUUCGAACAGAAAGUGCAAUAUGAUUGGCAGCCUGAGUAUUGUACAACAUGUCUGCAAAUAGGCCACAAUUGCAAGAAUAAAAAUGAGCAGAAGCAGCCAGUACUAGGCCAAAAAGGAAAACAAGCAAAACCUAUACAAGUCUGGAGGAGAGCUGAUCAAGUGAAGACAAGUGAUAAAAAGAAUGAACAAAUACAGGAAGCAAAUGGGAAAGAAAAUGGUGGGAAAGAUGCUGAGAACAAGGAACAUGCAAAAGCAACAGUACCACAGGCAGAAGGAUGGACAAUGGUGAAAACAAAAUCAGCUAGCAAAAUGGCAAAAAAUGGAGGUAACACUGAUAAAGAGAUAGGUACAACAAAUGGUUUUAGCUCAUUAGAAAGAUGGGCUGAAGAAUGCCAAGUAAUAGGACCACAAGAGUUUAAACAAUGUGCAAGGGGACAGAGUAGCCAAGGGGUUGAAGGAAGUCAAGGCAAUUUCCCUCCAUUACUAAGAUGA